AUGAGAUUCACAACCCUCUCCCUCCCCAUCUUUGCCCUCACGGCCAGCGUCAACGCCGCUUCCCCCAAGCCCAAGCCGCUGGUCAACGAGCUUAAGCUUCAGAAGGAUGUCAGCAUCAAGAGUCUGAUUACUGAUGCCCAGAAGCUUCAGGACAUCGCCACAGCCAACGGCAACACCCGUGUCUUUGGUGGCAAGGGCCACAACGCCACUGUCGACUACCUCUACAAGACCCUCAAGUCGCUCAACUACUACGAUGUCAAGAAGCAGCCCUUCACUGAGCUGUACUCUGCCGGUACCGCCGAUCUCAAGGUUGCUGGUGAUGACAUCGAGGCUGCUAUCAUGACCUACACCCCCGCUGGUAAGGCUUCUGGACCUCUUGUCCAGGCUGCCAACCUCGGAUGUGAGGCCGCUGACUUCCCUGCUGAGACCAAGGGCAAUGUCGUUCUUGUUUCGCGAGGAACCUGCGCUUUCGCCGCCAAGUCCACCAACGCCAAGGCUGCUGGAGCCGCUGCUGUCAUUGUCUACAACAACGUCCCCGGUGAGCUGUCUGGUACUCUGGGAGAGCCCUUCGGCAACUUCGCCCCCAUUGUUGGCAUCAGCCAGGAGGAUGGUCAGGCUAUCAUUGCCAAGCUCAAGGCUGGUGAGGUCACCGUUGACCUCAACGUCGAUGCUACUGUCGAGAACCGUGUUACCUUCAACGUCAUUGCUGAGACCAAGGGGGGUGACCACGACAACGUCCUUGUUGUUGGUGGCCACUCCGACUCCGUCGCUGCUGGUCCCGGUAUCAACGACGAUGGCUCUGGUAUCAUUGGUAUCCUGAACGUUGCCAAGGCUCUUACCAAGUACCGCGUCAAGAACGCUGUCCGCUUCGGUUUCUGGAGUGCUGAGGAGUUUGGCCUUCUCGGAUCUUAUGCUUACAUCAAGAGCAUCAACAGCUCUGACACUGAGAUUGCCAAGAUCCGAGCCUACCUCAACUUCGAUAUGAUUGCCAGCCCUAACUACGUCUACGGCAUCUACGACGGUGAUGGUGAUGCUUUCAACCUCACCGGCCCUGCCGGCUCUGACGCCAUCGAGGAGGACUUUGAGCGCUUCUUCAAGACCAAGCGUCUCGCAUCCGUUCCCUCUGAGUUCAGCGGCCGCUCCGACUACGCCGCUUUCAUUGAGAACGGUAUCCCUUCCGGUGGUCUCUUCACCGGUGCCGAGCAGCUCAAGACCGCCGAGGAGGCCAAGAAGUUCGGUGGCGAGGCUGGUGUCGCAUACGACAUCAACUACCACAAGGCUGGCGACACCAUCGACAACCUCAACAAGGAGGCUUUCCUCGUCAACACCCAGGCCAUCGCCAACUCUGUUGCCAAGUACGCCAAGAGCUUCAAGGGCAUUCCCCUGGUCAACCACCUCACCCGACGACGUGAUGCCGACCACGCCCAGAUCUUCAAGCGAACCAGUGCUCACACCCACGCUCACGGUGGCCCUUGCGGUGCUGUUGAGGUUUAG